AUGCCAAUUUGUGAUGAUGAUGUCAAGCCAUAUGUAGGUCAAGUGUUCAAAUGUGAAGCAGAUGCUUUUAAGUUUUAUAGGACUUACGGAUAUGAAUCUGGUUUCGAUGUUCGCAAAGGCGGUGCAAAAAAGGGGAAAUAUGAUCAGGUGAUUUAUCGAUACUUCUACUAUCAAAGGGAAGGAAUCAAUCCUACUAAACGUGUGGAGACAUCUAAAACGCAGCGAAAGAUUGUGAAGAGGCGUAGAAAGCCGUCCACCAGGAACGAUUGCAAAGCACGCAUGACUGUGCGAAUUCAGAAUGAGACAGAGUAUGUCGUUACAAAAGGUAGUGGGAAGCGUCUCAAGUCCACUUUUGAGAAAGAGGUUCAAAAGGCCAAGAAACCCAAGAGACGCUGCAAGAAAUGUGGUCGUUUGGUACGUCACGAUUCCCGCAACUGUGGGAAAGUUCAAGACGAGGAUGACACGGAUGAAGAAUAA